AUCUCUUUGAUUUUCUAUCUCGCUCUCACACCUCUCCCUUCUUUCUUCUUUGUUGUUUGUUUUUUCUUAUUCACUGUCACUGUUUCUUCACGUUUCUGAAACAACUUAAAAAAAAAAAAAAAAAAAAUUAGCUCUCUGAAUAUUUAGUAUUAUCCAAGUGACCGUACGAAACUUUCGAGAGCUCCUUAUUGUUGAAUCGGUCUUCCAGACUAGCGUUUUCGUCUUCUGAGAAAUCAAAGACCCACUUUUGAACUCUUCUCUCUUUGGUGCUUUCGAAAUUUCGAAUCGAAAAACAUCGAAGGGUCUUUUAAACCACUAUUAUUAUUAUUUUUUUUCCCUUAUAUAUAUAAAUUAUAUAUUCGGGAAAUUCAUAAUGCAGACGAGCCAGCGAUUUUUCUGGGUUUUAAAGCCGAUCGAAAAAUCGCCGGCGCUUUAAUGGAAUCGAUGCUGUUCAUGUUAGCUUUUCCAACAUUGGAUGGAGGUAAUGGUUCGGAGUAGUCCAUGUUCCGUGCUCAGAUUUGGUACAAAGCGUCGAUUUGCUGUCGUUAUCCUCGAGCUAGUAUUGAUAUCGGUAUGGUUGGAAGCUGCUAGGGCAAAAACGCCUGAACACAAAGUGCAAUGGCAAGGCGCAGAAAAGGGAACUGAAAACAUUGUAUCACACUCCUGCAUCCAUGACCAGAUACUUGAACAAAGAAGGCAACCCGGUCGAAAGGUGUACACCGUUACCCCACAGGUGUAUGAGGAAUAUGGUAUAUCUAAACCUAUUCACCGCAAAGGUAGGGCAUUGCUUGGUAUGUCCGAGUCACUGGAGCAGCAGAAGGAUGCUAAGCAGCCCAUUAGGAUAUAUCUAAAUUAUGAUGCUGUUGGUCAUUCGCUUGAUAGAGAUUGUCGAAAUAUUGGCGAUACUGUGAAGCUUGGGGAGCCUCCAGUGACGUCUCUUCCUGGAUCACCUUCUUGCAAUCCUCACGGCGAUCCUCCAAUUUCUGGUGACUGCUGGUAUAACUGCACUUUGGAUGAUGUAGCUGGGGAGGACAAAACUCAUCGUCUUCGCAAGGCUCUUGGGCAGACAGCAGAGUGGUUCAGGAGAGCCUUGGCUGUUGAACCUGUGAAAGGGAAUCUGCGGUUAAGUGGAUACUCUGCUUGUGGUCAGGAUGGAGGUGUACAGCUGCCACGUGAAUAUGUGGAAGAGGGUGUUUCUAAGGCAGACCUGGUUCUCCUGGUGACAACAAGGCCUACCACUGGUAACACGCUUGCAUGGGCAGUGGCAUGUGAACGUGAUCAAUGGGGCCGUGCAAUUGCCGGUCAUGUAAAUGUUGCUCCUCGUCAUUUGACUGCUGAAGCAGAGACUUUACUUUCAGCCACUCUUAUACAUGAGGUUAUGCACGUUCUUGGUUUUGAUCCCCAUGCCUUUGCCCAUUUUAGGGAUGAGAGGAAAAGAAGGCGUAGCCAGGUUACAGAACAAAUCUUGGACGAGAAACUUGGGCGUAUGGUGACACGUGUGGUGCUUCCACGUGUUGUCAUGCACUCACGAUAUCAUUAUGCGGCAUUCUCUGAGAAUUUCACUGGUUUAGAACUAGAAGAUGGGGGAGGACGUGGCACAUCAGGAUCUCACUGGGAAAAGAGGCUUCUGAUGAAUGAGAUUAUGACAGGUUCAGUGGAUACAAGAUCUGUGGUUUCUAAAAUGACAUUGGCUUUGUUAGAAGACAGUGGAUGGUACCAGGCUAAUUAUAGUAUGGCAGACCGCCUUGAUUGGGGCCGCAAUCAAGGAACUGAAUUUGUCACCUCUCCUUGCAAUCUCUGGAAAGGGGCAUACCAUUGCAACACAACACAGUUGUCAGGCUGCACAUAUAACAGGGAGGCUGAGGGUUACUGUCCAAUUGUAAGUUAUAGUGGAGACCUCCCUCAGUGGGCACGGUACUUUCCUCAGGCUAACAAAGGUGGGCAGUCAUCAUUGGCUGAUUACUGCACCUACUUUGUAGCUUAUUCUGAUGGAUCAUGUACUGACACUAAUAGUGCACGAGCACCUGACAGAAUGUUGGGUGAAGUGCGAGGGAGUAACUCUAGGUGUAUGGCCUCGUCCUUAGUUCGUACUGGUUUUGUACGUGGUUCAAUGACCCAAGGAAAUGGUUGCUAUCAGCACAGAUGCAUUAACAAUACAUUAGAGGUUGCCGUGGAUGGCAUGUGGAAAGUAUGUCCAGAAGCUGGUGGACCAAUUCAGUUCCCUGGAUUUAAUGGUGAUUUGAUUUGCCCUGCAUAUCACGAACUCUGUGGCACAGGCAUACAUCCUGUGUCCGGAAAAUGUCCCAAUUCAUGUAAUUUCAAUGGAGACUGCAUCGAUGGAAAGUGCAACUGUUUUCUUGGGUUUCACGGUUCUUACUGUAGUAAACGUUCUUGUCCUAGUCGUUGUAGUGGACAUGGAAAUUGCCUUUCGAAUGGGCUUUGUGAAUGUGAAAAUGGGUUCACUGGAAUUGACUGCUCAACCGCUGUUUGUGAUGAACAAUGCAGCCUUCAUGGAGGGGUUUGUGAUAAUGGAGUCUGUGAAUUCCGUUGUUCUGACUAUGCAGGUUACUCAUGCCAGAACAGUUCCAUGCUCCUCUCUAGUCUUUCAGUUUGUAAAAAUGUCUUGGAGAGAGAAUUGUCUGGUCAGCACUGCGCACCCAGUGAACCAAGUAUACUGCAGCAGCUAGAAGAAGUAGUUGUCAUGCCAAACUACCACCGUUUGUUCCCAGGUGGUGCUAGGAAGCUAUUUAGUAUUUUUGGCAACAGCCAUUGUGAUGCUGCUGCAAAGCAGCUAGCAUGCUGGAUCUCAAUCCAAACAUGUGACAAGGAUGGGGACAACCGGCUUCGAGUAUGUCAUUCAGCUUGCCAGUCAUAUAAUAGAGCGUGUGGAGCAUCACUUGACUGUUCGGAUCAAACCCUCUUCAGCAGCGAAGAGGAAGGUGAGGCUCAGUGCACAGGCUCCAGUGUGACAAAAUUAGUAGUACCAGUGUGGAAACGGUUGAUAAGUAGUUUCCCGUUCCCUGUUAGUUUAUUCAAAAGAACAUCUGUAAAAUAUAGUCAGGUCUAGUGUAUCAUUUUUUUUUUUUUGCCCCCUAAUUUUUUGGCUUGUAAUUUUUCUAGGCUGUUAUAGUAGGCAAAGGUGGCACUUAGUGGAUGUGCCGUAGAUGUAGGUCCCCUUGUGCAUGGCCCAAUGAUGAUUAGCAAAAAGUUGGGUUUGAGGGUUACUGGGUUUGGCUUUCAAAGAUGGAAGCCGCUUGUAGAGAAAAUUGGAAUUGUAUGCAAAGAAAAAAAAAAAAAAAAAAAAAAAAAAAAAGAGAGAAAAAAAAAAAAAAAAGAAAGAUAAAAA